AAAUCUUGGAAGCUAUAAAAACAGAAUGAAUUGUAUUUAUUUGUCUUGCAAUUAAGAUCUAUAAUCGAAGAACACGAUGAUCUGUGAAGAGCUAGUUAAAUUAAAUACUCUAGACAUCGUUGCUCGAAAGAAACUAAUUGAUAAAUUAGAAAAAAUUAUACUUAAACAGAAUACACUAGAAACUCUUUGUUUGGAAAACUUAUCAUUGACAAGAGUAGAAGGUAUACGAUUGAUUUCAGCUUUAUAUAAUUCUCGUAAAACUAUGAAAUAUUUGUAUUGUUGGCGUGCUUUUAAAAGAAAAGAAGGACCUUUAUUAAUUGAUACUCGAAAUGUCACGGGAUCAGGCCUGUAUACAGACAAGAUUCCUAGAAAAUGCGACUGGUUUCGUCUGAUUGGUUGUUUAGAAUCAUUGAAUACCUUAUCUGUGAAUUAUGCAUAUAUAGCAACACCUACAGGAGAUCUUCUUGUUAACCUAGCAAUGAUUUUAGGAUCUAAAUGGCAAUGGUUGCAAUUGCUGUGCUUAGAAGAAGAAAUUCCAAAUGAAGUUAAUCCGAAUGAUGGCGUUGGUGGCUAUAGAAUACCUGAUAUUGCUUGGAUGAAAGCAUGUCUUUGGGCACCUGCUUUAAAAGUUCAAUAUGUUUUCAUUGGUUUGCCAGAAUACGAUAGACACAAAAUGUUCUUUUCCCGCCACACACCAAUGCAUACAUUUGCACUUUCCAGUGACAUUGAUUUACGAUUUCGACAACCUUGGUUUCUCGAUUGCACGAUCAAAAGUCUCUACACUUGGUACUCAAAAACUCUUGUAUUUUUGAACUUACAAUUGUGGCAUCAACGGGAUAAUUUAGAUUCCCAAUUGAAGAAUCUCUUCCUACGUUUACCAGCAUUACGAACUUUUGAAUUUAGGGGGGAAAUUCGAAUGCUUGCAACUUUAUGUGCUAUGUGUUGUCAGGUGCGAGCUCGAAAGUGUAAUGUUAAUCAUGUCAAUAUACAUUUACAAAAAGUUAUACACCAUGAAGUAAAUAACAAUGAUUUCGUUAAAGGGGUUCAAUGUUUAUUGAUAUGUUUUAAAAAAGAUUUUUCUGAAAUGAAUGUUAUAUUCAAAAUUGAUUUUUACAUCUCUUAAUUAAAUUAUUUGUCUCAAAUUACAUAUGGGUUAUAUAUACAUAUACAAAAAGAAACAAACAUAUAUAUAAAUUUGCAGAUAUAAUUAUUUAUUAUUAAUAUUGUGAUUUAUCGAAAACAUUAUAAAAGUAAAUGCUAUCUUUAAAUAUCUUCAAAUAAAACUUGUAUGAAAAUGCAGAUAUUCAUAGUUUAGAUUCAAUAUGUACAAGAUCUUAGAUUUUUUCAGAUCUUAUAACACAAUUGUUUGAACAAUUAAAUAUAA